UUAGCACACCCCUACUCUAAGUAAUUAUUAUUGGAUGUAUAUCCUCCUACUUUCCCAAAACCUUGAGUCUUUUGGUGAUGUUGAAGAGGAACUUUCCAAACUUGUGAAUUCAGUUUCAGGCCCACACCCGUUGCCAUGGUGACCAUGGCUCACAUGGUUAGCGGAGCAUAGCUAAAUAUAUAUAUAUAUUUUUUAAAGCCCUUCGCAAAGAAAGAGGAAGUGAAGACUGAAAGCCGCUCGAAGCGCAAACAGAACAGAACAGGAAGUGGAAAGUAGCAGCACACAAUAUUUCAAGAUUUCUUUACGAGUGACUUCCUGUUCGUCUUCUCUGCUUGCCGCCAUCUUGGGACCAGAAACAUGACUCACGGCUGCCUCAAGUGUUUGAAAUACACCAUGUGUGUCGCCAACCUCCUCUGCUUCGUGUGUGGUGUGGCUGUGCUGGGUCUGGGUGUGUUCAUGAUGGUCAACUUCAAGCUGACUGCACUCAUGCCCUCUCUGGCCAACUUCAACCUGGCCAGCAUGCUGCUGGUCAGCGGCCUGGUCAUCACUUGUGUCUCCUUCCUGGGAUUCCUGGGCGCCCUGAAGGAGAACCGCUGCCUGCUGCUGACGUUCUUCCUGAUGCUCUUCUUCCUGCUGCUGGUGGAGCUGACGGCGGCGUGCUUGCUCCUCAUGUACGAGCACAAGAUCGCCGACUGGGUCCAACGGGACCUGAACCAAGGUCUGCAGGACGCCAAGAGCCAAAGCCCCGGCGAGUCCCGCACUGAGUGGGAUCUGGUCCAGAAGACGUUCGAUUGUUGCGGCGUUCACAACGUGUCGGACUGGGGAGUCGACGUUCCCGCUUCCUGCUGCGAGGCCGACUGUGAGCCCCCACGCACGCCACAGUACAGAUCCACGGGCUGCUUGGACGUGAUGAAAAUGUGGUUUGAAGAGAACUUCCUGAUCACUGGCAUCUCUGUCAUCGUCUUCUGCAUCAUUGAGGUGUUGGGGAUGUGCUUCGCCAUGACACUUUUCUGCCACAUCAGCAGAAUCGGACUGGGCUACAAGUUGUAGAGCCUCGUGUUUAUUCUUCCGACUCUUUGUGUCUUAACUUUGUUUCUCAUUAACCCGCUUUUUUUAUCUUGACAAUAGUGAAGUUGCACUUUUAAUGAAAAGUUUCCCACAUUUAUUUAAAUUGAUCGUUAGAAUUUAUUCACACAUUCCCGCAAUGGAAUUGUCCUCCAUUUACUGUUUUAACAUUUGACCUUUUAUUAAUAUAGUUAGUAAAUAGAAACGCAUUUAUCUUUUAAAAAGUCAUUUGAAAUGUAAAGUUGAGUUUUAAUCGCCACUUAACGUGCACACGGAUAAGUACGGCAUUUUUUAAAUAUGUUGUUUAGCUGCGCGACCGGAUGUGACGCAUUGGUCUGUUAUUGUGGAGGCCGGAAGUGUGCGACUGGUUCGAGAAGAGCCAUCAGGUUUUGACAAAGUAUUGACAAUAAAAAAAAUACUAUCUGGGCUGUAGCUUCUUUACUAAAUUGUUAUUGAAAUAAAAAAAAAAUCAAUAGUGGCUUUCUGUAAUGUUCCUAAAAAACAAUAGUCGACAUACUGGCUACGUCUUCUGGCACUGGACCUGAUCGGUCUACGCAUGCGCGAUGACGUCACUUCCUUCCGAGCAAGGUAUUACGACUAAGCUUCUGUGACGUCACGUAGUGAUAUUUUGGAAUGUGUUUUGUAUAAAAAUAAUAGCUUACCGAGUGUUAAACGAGAACCAGAAAAUAAAAGCAAACAAGGGGUAGAUUUAAAAAAAAUGGGGAGUAUUAUCGACACAAUUUUAAUUCACUGUCGUUGCAAUGAACGACACACGGUGGCACCAAUGAGUCUUUUUUUUUUUUUUUUAACCGAGGCACUAAACCAAAAUAUAUGAAGGAAUAAGACUUUUAAACGGUCAGUGUUGGGAAAUAAGUGUGUUUGAGUGACGAAAAGGUCAAUUUUUACAUAGCUGCAGUCGACAGGAAGUGACGUGUUCUGUGCGCAUGCGCGGGUAGUGACGGACAUGUCAUUUUUACUUUAUUAAAAAAUGUUCAUAAUGUGAAGUGUACUUACAGAACUAAGUAUGGGACAAAGUAUACUUAUUAAAGUGACGUAAGUAAACGUGCUAAUAUGAAAUGUGCAAUCCACAACCAAAGAAAAUAAACAUCUCAAAAUGAUCUUUUUAUUUCAAGAAUAAACCCUGCAAUGUCUUAGGACAAAGAAAACUUUAGAAAAGAAAAAAAAAAAACUAAGAUUUGCAAUACACUUUAAAACAUUUUUGUUCUUUUUGAAACGGACACACAAAAAUAGAAACAUACAUUUUUUGAUCAUAAAAAAAUGUAACUGUACACAGCAGAAUAUUUAUUGCAACCCUGGCACCGCUGAAAGGUGGAAUUAUUGCAGUUCACCUACAGAUAUGGAAAAACCAAAAACCAAAACAAAAAGGAACAAUUUCUGGAAAACCUAAUGCUCAUUUGUUGUUGUUGUUGCUGAAAUGUUUGAUAAAGUGAGGCCAUUUUUUAAAAAAAUGUCAGCUUUACUUUGUGCUCAAAGACUUAGAAGAGCAAAUGCCACCGCUAAAAACAAACAAAACUAAAAUAAAAAAAAAGAACGAGGAGCAGACGGUACCGGAACUAAAUCACCUUUUUACGCAAACUGCUAAGACGUUAGUUAAUAAAUAAUCACACUCAGACACAGCAUCAAAAAUAAAGUGUCCCACGUUCCCUCCAAAAUGGAUGACAUUCAUUUCCCCCCGUCAACUUUCUGCACACGUGUAAGAAGAAGAUUUGGAAAUGUCAAAGAAAUAAAGUCUUUCCAGCUCCUUUCAGAGGUUCUAUCUUUGCUUGUGUUCCCUCAGGAACCACAGAGUCGUCAAAGGGAAACAAAACCCCACAAAUGUUCAAUAUUUAAGUACGUUUUUUUUUUCCUUUCAAUAAAUGUGUGAAAACUUCUUGUGAAAACGACGACUUAUGAGGAGAAAAACAAAU